UGUCCAAAAGCUAUUUCCGGAAGUGUGCAGGCUUCUGUCUGACUUGACACACGCGCACUUCAAUGCCAACUUUCCUGAAGCGCACAGGCGCACUGCUCACUGCCAAACAGCGCUCAGACUGUCAGGACUUGGAGCUGUGGUCAGCUCGGAGCCAAAUGAGCGCAGAUUUACUGAGAAAACCUGGUUAUGGUGCGCUUUUACGCACGACACCCACGCGUCUUUUGGAUAUAGAAGACCACUGUGGACAUUUGAACUGUCUUUCUCUAUUUUUGGAGACUAGUUCAAAAUGUGGGGGAUUCAGAGGUCACGUUAUGCGGACUGCAACGGCUCCGAGGCGAGCGAGGAGACCGAGGUGGUGGUGAACAUCGGCGGCGUCAAACAGGUGUUAUACGCGGACGUGUUGGGCCGCUUCCCCGAAACUCGCCUGGCUGAGCUGGUGAGCUGUUCGCUCCAAGCUCCAGAGGAAAUACUGACUUUAUGUGACGACUACGACUCCGAGACGGGCGAGUUCUACUUCGACAGGGAUCCGGAGGCGUUCAAAUGCAUCAUAGAGCUGUAUUAUUACGGAGAGAUCCACAUGAAACGCGGCAUCUGCCCCAUCUGCUUCCUCAAAGAGAUGGAGUACUGGCGGAUCGGCGCGGACUGUUUGGAUGACUGCUGUAAGUGCCACCUAAAAGAAGUGCAAGACGAGCUGGCGGAGAUCGCGGAGAAGGUGCGGACCAUCCUGGUGGACCGUGAGGGAGACCCGCACGCGGGGGGCUGGCAGCGCUUCCAGGCGUGCGUGUGGAGACUGAUGGAGAAGCCCGAGUCUUCUCUGCCCGCGCACAUCAUUGCCAUAGUGUCCUUUGUGUUCAUCCUCAUCUCGUCCGUGGUCAUGUGCGUGGGGACUAUCCCGGACCUACAGGUGGAGGACGCGGAGGGCGCACUCACGGAGCACCCCACUCUGGAAAUGAUCGAGACGGUCUGCAUUGGCUGGUUCACUAUCGAGUACGUGCUGCGCCUCGUGUCUUCACCAAACAAAAUCAAAUUUAUGCUGGCCUUCAUGAACAUCAUUGACUUCAUGGCCAUCAUGCCUUUUUACGUGGUGCUCGUGCUCACGUCGUUCGGCGCCGGGGUGAUGGAGCUGGCGAACGUGCAGCAGGCGGUGCAGGCGUUACGCAUCAUGCGCAUUGCGCGUAUUUUCAAAUUGGCCCGGCACUCGUCCGGACUCCAGACCCUGACCUCCGCGCUGAAGAGCAGCUUUAAGGAGCUGGGCCUCCUGCUCAUGUACAUGGGGGUUGGGGUGUUCCUUUUCUCCGCCCUGGGCUACACCAUGGAGCAGAACCACCCGGACACGCUGUUCACCAGCAUCCCGCAGUCCUUCUGGUGGGCGGUCAUCACCAUGACCACCGUGGGCUACGGAGACGUGUAUCCAAAGACCACUCUGGGCCGGUGCAACGCGGCCAUCAGCUUCCUGUGCGGGGUAAUCGCCAUCGCGCUGCCCAUCCACCCCAUCAUCAACAACUUCGUCCUGUUCUACAACAAGCAACAGGUGCUCGAGACCGCGGCCAAGCACGAGAUCGAGCUGAUGGCGCUGCGCUCGUGCCAAGCGGAGCUGCUGGGGUGCGCGCACAGCGCGCACAGACUCUCGUGCGGCAGCGGCGAGGACGCGACCGGAGCCGUGCACGCCUGCCACAGUGACACGUUCCUCCCGUUACUGCGCGAGCCACGGGGGCCUGGGGUCAGGAGCGCGAGCGCGGACACGAGCUUCGAGAGCACCGCAGAGGCCGCGGACUUCUUCAGCUCAUGAGCAAGACACUUUUCACUGUUCAGCAGUGUCCUGCGUGCACAGGACUAUAAGCUUAAUAAAACUCAUCUAUCUCCAUGGAGAAUGUUCCAAAGUAUGGCUGUAACUAUUCCAAGGGAAUCAUACACGUGACCACCUCCACAAAGUUACAUGGUUGUGCUUUAAGUCUCAAUAAUUCCAGAAAACUACAGGAUUAUGAACAGGGACAUUGUUGAUGUUGCUGAGUUUGUUUAGUGGCACAGGUGUCCCUCAGUAAAAGGCCUCUCUCUGUCUGGGAUGUGACAGGAUUUAUACACUAGUCAAUACUUGUGUGUAAGCUCCUCAGCCUAACACAAAUACAUGAUGGGAUAUUUGAAUC